UCCUCACACUCAUAGACUUCACUUUUUUUGGUCUCCAUUGGCAUUAUCGCUCGAUAGGUAAGUUCUUCAUCAUAAUCACUUUUUACUUUGUAACAGUUCACUGGUUAUUGUAGUGGGCUCUUUUUGUACUUUUAGCUGAAGAAAAGGCCUUUUUGGGUGCAAACAAAGAGUGCCUUUAGAAAAGAAAAAAAAAAAACUUGAAUGGAGGUUCUUGAUUGACUUUUUGGGUUCUUCGAGGAGUGGAUUUUUGUGGGUUCAUCCCAUUUUUGGGAAAUACUUGGAGGGAAGAGAGAAUUCGGUAGUCAGAGGUGGGUAGAUAAUCAGCAUGGCGGAUUUUAUUAAGGAGUUUUUCACAAAGAAGACAGUUGUGGCUUUUGGUUUGGGACAAUUGCUCUCUCUUUUGAUCACUUCUACUGGAUUUUCAUCUUCAGAACUUGCUAGAAAAGGAAUUAAUGCUCCAACUUCUCAAUCUUUCUUGAAUUACGUUCUAUUGGGUGUAAUAUAUGGAGGGGUUAUGAUCUACAGACGGAAACCACUGAAGGCAAAAUGGUAUUACUACGUCCUUCUUGCAGUUGUUGAUGUGGAGGCCAAUUUUCUAGUGGUGAAGUCAUACCAGUACACAUCCAUAACUAGUGUAAUGCUACUGGAUUGUUGGUCAAUCCCGUGUGUCAUAUUGCUUACAUGGCUUUUUUUGAAGACAAAAUACAAAUACAGAAAAUUUGUUGGUGUUGCAAUCUGUGUGGCUGGGCUGGUGUUGGUCAUUUUCUCGGACGUACAUUCAGCAGAUCGAGCACAUGGCAGCAAUCCAAUUAAAGGCGAUAUACUUAUAAUUGCUGGGGCUACACUUUAUGCUGUCAGUAAUGUCAGUGAGGAGUUUCUUGUCAAAAGUGCUGACAGGGUUGAACUUAUGGCAUUCUUGGGCUUCUUUGGUGCAAUUGUCAGUGCUUGCCAAAUAAGCAUACUUGAACGGGAUGAACUCAAGUCUAUUCACUGGUCAGCUGGAGCUGCUCUUCCAUUUUUUGGAUUUUCAGUGGCUAUGUUUUUCUUUUACUCAUUGGUCCCUGUCUUACUAAAGAUUAGUGGUUCCACAAUGUUGAAUCUAUCGUUACUUACAUCAGACAUGUGGGCUGUUCUAAUUCGUAUCUUCGCGUACCAUGAAAAGGUUGAUUGGAUGUACUUUGUAGCAUUUGCUGGUGUUGCUGUUGGGCUCGUAGUUUAUUCAGGGAGCGAUAAAGAAGAGGAUGGAAUUCGCACUGAGACUGGUGAUGAGCAGCAAAGCAAGCAUUUCGACGAGGAAGCUGGCUCAGGAAGCUCAUCAAGAACCGUUUAUAACAGCAGGCCUGGUGUUACCUCCACCAGUGCUUCAGAGAAGGACAAGAUUCCAAGAGGCAAAGACAUGGCUAGAGAAACACAAGGGAACAAAUUUUGGCAUCUAGGGGUUUACAAGGGGUAGACAGUAGUUGCUUGUUAGCUAUGCAGGAUGAUGUAGAACUUGACUUCCCUAGUGGUAAGGGGAAAUAAAGGCAAGAAGCCAAAUGGGGUAGAAUUUAAAUUUAAAAAAAAAAAAUUGCUCGUAUCCAUUGUCAAAAAAUCAUUUAAUUUGGUGGCUCCAUGAGCAAUUUGCAAUUUUACAUGGUUGAUGGGUAUCCAAAAUUCCAUCUAUUAGUUUUCUUUGUUCUA